AUGAUACAAUUCCGUUCUUUUACGAGUUGUGCAAAGCAGCUUCAGAAAUCUAAGGUACCGCAGGCUAGAUUUGCCAAAACAUUUGAGGAAUCCACCAAGCCUGCUCUUAAGAAAUCACAGCCGAUCACGAAGCCAUUUGGUUUCGAAAAUCCAGUCCUUUUGAAUGAUUACAUCCAAACUCCUAUCCUAGACACAUUUUCAUCUGGAGCUAGAGAGAAGAGGAGAAAGGAAAUUGACUAUGAUUUGCAGCACACUCCUUUCUAUGACUCAAAGUCGUUUCAUAACACCAAAGGUAAGAUCUUCCUGCCUCCGGUGUCCUUCUUUAAGCAAAGUAAAGCUCUCUACUUCCCCAAUUUCGAAGGCUACACCUUGCUCAAAAACAAAAGAAAGCUUUAUGAUAUUUUGAAAGGCAAGGUGACGAUCCUCAGUAUGUCCUCGACGAUCUCUGGCGAUAAAUGCACGAAGAGUUACCUUGACGAAUACUUGAGUGGGCCAGGCUAUCAGACAUUCCAAGAAAAGUAUCCGCAAUCACAAAUUGUCGAUAUUAAUUUACCUCAAUCGUGGGUCAAGGGCUUAUUCGUCUCGUUGGCCAAGAGUAAUAUCAGAAAGAUGACUGCACCUGCAAGACAUGAUCUUUACUUUGUUCUUCCCACUAAGCUUUUCCCAGGAGCCGUAAAGAGAACUCUCAAGUGUGACAAUGGUUGUUCUGGAUACUUGUAUAUAAUAGAUGAGACAGGGAAGAUAAGAUGGGCUACUAGUGGUACAGCUGAUGAGGAGGAGACUAGCCUCUUAUGGCGCAUAAUGGGUGCUUUGGAGAAAGAAUUGACAGCUUCGAACGCUGAUAAAGUUUAA